GCUUUUUUCAUAGACGACAUCCUCUGGCGAAACUGUGCACUCCUCCUUCUUUCCAAAGGGCGAAUUCCCUCAGCCUCUGCCUCUUGCUCCUGCGUAACCCCAGGGACUGUCCCAGAAGGACCUGGCUGCUCUUCCAAACGAACGCGGUCAUCCACAACCUCUAGCUUUCCUCAUCUGAGGAAUUCUUGUCCAGGUUUAUCCAUCAUGCUGGAGUUAACUGGAAGGAGUCACUGUGCCAAUGUAGCAGAGUAAAUGUUGGGCAUCCUGCCAUCUCUACUUGGAUAGUGACGUCAGCUUUAAAAGAGAAGUGGAGCCAAGGGAUGGGCUUUGGGCACAAGAACUCACUCACUUUUUGCAUCACUGGGAUCUGUCUAUGGUCAGGCUGCUGAGGCACAAACCAUACUAAUCUGGGGACUUUUUUCCCUGCCUGAGCAAAGUUAUCUUUUGCCCCUUCUUCCAUUUUCCUUGGUAACUUGCUCCUUCCCCCUUUCCCAUCCCAUAGCUUUUCUUUUCCCAUUUUUUAUUUGUUCCUCACAAAUUUGAUUUCCUGCUGGGGGUGGAAGACUAGAGGCUUGCUAAUGUUGAUGUAAAUCAUGUCAAGGCCAAUGGGACUCUUAUGGCUGCCUUUGAUCUUUACUCCUGUUUGUGUCAUGCUGAAUUCUAAUUUCCUCCUCUGGAUAACAGCCCUAGCAAUCCGGUUUACACUUAUUGAUGGGCAAGCACAAUACCCAGUUGUAACCACGAAUUAUGGCAAAAUCCGUGGCGUAAGAACACCUUUGCCCAAUGAAAUCCUUGGCCCUGUGGAGCAAUAUUUGGGAGUCCCUUAUGCUUCUCCUCCGACCGGGGAGAGACGCUUCCAGCCUCCAGAGCCCCCUUCCUCCUGGACCGGCGUACGCAAUGCCACACAAUUUGCUGCUGUUUGCCCUCAGUAUCUGGAUGAGAGAUCACUGCUCAACGAUAUGCUCCCCGUUUGGUUUACUGCCAACUUGGAUACUGUGAUGACGUAUGUGCAAGACCAAAAUGAAGACUGCCUCUAUUUGAAUAUCUAUGUGCCGACUGAAGAUGACAUCCAUGAUCAGAACAACAAGAAGCCAGUGAUGGUCUAUAUCCAUGGUGGAUCGUACAUGGAAGGUACAGGGAAUAUAGUUGAUGGCAGCAUACUGGCAAGCUACGGAAAUGUCAUUGUUGUGACCAUCAACUACAGACUAGGUGUCCUAGGUUUUCUGAGCACUGGAGAUCAAGCUGCAAAAGGCAAUUAUGGGUUGCUUGACCAAAUCCAAGCUUUAAGAUGGAUUGAAGAAAAUAUUGGAUCAUUUGGAGGAGACCCAAAAAGAGUUACAAUUUUUGGAUCAGGGGCAGGAGCAUCUUGUGUUAGUCUAUUGACACUGUCACACUAUUCAGAAGGUCUGUUCCAAAAGGCAAUCAUACAAAGUGGAACAGCCCUGUCCAGCUGGGCAGUGAACUACCAGCCUGCCAAGUACACUGCGAUUUUGGCAGAAAAAGUGGGCUGCAACACGUUGGACACUACAGACUUAGUUGAAUGCUUUCGGAAUAAAAACUACAAAGAACUCAUUCAGCAAACCAUCACGCCAGCUACGUACCACAUUGCCUUUGGGCCAGUGAUUGAUGGGGAUGUAAUUCCAGAUGAUCCUCAGAUUCUGAUGGAACAGGGAGAAUUUCUCAACUAUGACAUAAUGCUAGGUGUAAACCAAGGGGAAGGCUUAAAAUUUGUAGAUGGCAUUGUGGAUAAUGAAGAGGGUGUCUCUCCAAAUGAUUUUGAUUUCUCUGUUUCCAAUUUUGUGGACAAUCUGUAUGGUUACCCAGAAGGGAAAGAUACACUGCGAGAGACCAUCAAGUUCAUGUACACAGACUGGGCAGACAAGGAGAAUCCUGAAACACGAAGAAAGACUCUGGUCGCACUCUUUACUGAUCACCAGUGGGUUGCACCAGCUGUUGCCACAGCUGACCUGCAUGCCCAGUAUGGCUCUCCAACGUACUUCUAUGCAUUUUAUCACCACUGCCAGAGUGAAAUGAAGCCCAGCUGGGCUGACUCAGCCCAUGGUGAUGAAGUUCCUUAUGUGUUUGGCAUUCCCAUGAUUGGCCCAACUGAAUUGUUCAACUGCAACUUCUCCAAGAAUGAUGUCAUGCUCAGCGCAGUUGUUAUGACAUAUUGGACAAACUUUGCCAAAACUGGGGAUCCAAACCAGCCUGUUCCCCAGGAUACAAAGUUUAUCCAUACAAAACCCAAUCGUUUUGAAGAAGUGGCCUGGUCUAAAUAUAAUCCAAAGGACCAACUUUAUUUACACAUUGGCUUGAAACCCAGAGUCCGGGAUCACUACCGAGCAACAAAAGUUGCUUUCUGGCUAGAACUGGUGCCACAUUUGCACAACCUGAAUGAAAUAUUUCAGUAUGUUUCCACAACAACCAAGGUGCCACCUCCUGACAUGACAUCAUUCCCUUAUGUCACCCGGCGUUCUCCUGGAAAGUUUACCACCAAACGUCCAUUAAUGACACCAAGCAACAAUCCAAAGCAUUCAAAGGAUACCCAGAAGACAUCUCCCGAGGAUACAAGCGUUCUAAUAGAAAACAAGAGAGAUUAUUCCACAGAGCUCAGUGUUACCAUUGCUGUUGGUGCAUCAUUAUUAUUCCUCAACAUUUUAGCAUUUGCAGCUCUGUAUUAUAAGAAAGACAAGAGGCGUCAUGAGACACACAGGCGCCCCAGUCCUCAACGGAACACAACCAAUGACAUCGCCCAUAUACAGAACGAAGAGAUUAUGUCACUGCAAAUGAAACAGCUGGAGCAUGAUCAUGAGUGCGAGUCACUACAGGCGCACGAUACCCUGAGACUCACCUGCCCACCUGAUUACACCCUCACUCUUAGAAGAUCUCCGGAUGACAUUCCACUUAUGACCCCCAACACUAUAACCAUGAUUCCAAACACAUUAACAGGAAUGCAGCCUUUGCAUACUUUCAACACUUUCAGCGGAGGACAAAACAGUACUAAUUUGCCCCAUGGACAUUCCACCACUAGGGUAUAGCUCUUUCAUUUGCCCCACCUUGUGCCACCUGGAAGAAUAAAAAUAAGAAAAAGAAAAGAGAAAAAAUAAUCCACAUUCUCCAUCAAGCAACUUGUCAAAAUUUAAAAAAAGGUGAAAGAGAAAGGCAGACAUAAUUUUCUUACAGAUCCUUUCCAUGGGAACUUUGAUGUUCUAAAAAAGAUCACCUUCUCAAACCCUGUGAAAUGUGAAAUGUGUACAUUGCUAUUAGGAUACUGCUUUAAUAUCUCAACCACUUUGAAUGAAAGUUAAGAGUUGAGGCCUGAAGAAAGUCAGUUAUAAAAAGAUAUGUAUUGAGUGUAACAAACAGAAGCAGAAACUUCUGGAACACAGAGCCAGUGACUGUACAGGUUUUUUUUUUUAAAUAAAUAAAAUUUUAAAAAUAUGUUCUAUAUGUGCCAUACCGUGAAUGGCCCUUGUUAUACUAAAAGACAUCAUCAUGGGCUUUUACCCAUCAUAAGAAGCUGUAAUCCAGAAUGGGGAAAUAAGAUUUUAUUAUAUAUAUAAAAUAGGACUGACUAUGCAGUAAAUACGUAUAGUUCUGUGCAAAGAGAUGACUUGCCAGCCUGAACUAUAUUUAAGAAACUUUGUAA